CUCCUUUUUUUUUUCUCAACUAAACAUCAAACAUGGCUACUAACUAUAAGGUUGCUGAUAUCUCUCUCGCUGCUUUCGGUUUGAAGGAAAUCGAAAUUGCUGAAAAUGAAAUGCCUGGUUUGAUGGAAAUUGCCCGUAAGUAUGGUCCUUCUCAACCUCUUAAGGGUGCCAGAAUUGCUGGUUGUUUGCACAUGACCAUUCAAACUGCCGUCCUUAUCCGUACCUUGGUUGCUCUUGGUGCUCAAGUUACUUGGUCUUCUUGUAACAUUUUCUCUACUCAAGACCACGCUGCUGCUGCCAUUGCUGCCUCUGGUAUUCCUGUCUACGCUUGGAAGGGUGAAACUGAUGAGGAAUUCAUCUGGUGUAUUGAACAAACUCUCUUUUUCCCUGACGGUCAACCUCUUAACAUGAUCUUGGAUGAUGGUGGUGAUUUGACCAACCUUGUUCAUCAAAAGUACCCUCAAUUGCUUCCUGGCAUCAAGGGUCUCUCUGAAGAAACCACCACUGGUGUUCACAACUUGUACAAGAUGUUCAAGAACAACGAACUUAAGCUCCCUGCUAUCAAUGUCAACGACUCUGUCACCAAGUCCAAGUUCGAUAACCUUUACGGUUGUCGUGAAUCUCUUGUUGAUGGUAUCAAGCGUGCCACUGAUGUCAUGAUUGCCGGUAAGGUCUCUGUUGUUGCUGGUUAUGGUGAUGUUGGUAAGGGUUGUGCUGCCGCUCUCCGUGCUUUCGGUUCUCGUGUUAUCAUUACUGAAGUCGAUCCUAUCAACGCUCUUCAAGCUUCUAUGGAAGGUUAUGAAGUUACCACCAUGGAAAAAGCUGUUAAGGAAGGUCAAAUUUUCGUCACCACCACUGGUUGUCGUGAUAUUAUUGUUGGUCGUCACUUUGAAGAAAUGAAGGAUGAUGCCAUUGUCUGUAACAUUGGUCACUUUGAUGUUGAAAUCGAUGUUGCUUGGUUGAAGGCCAACGCUGCCUCUGUAUCUAACAUUAAGCCUCAAGUUGAUCGUUUCACUAUGAAGAAUGGUCGUCACAUCAUCCUUCUUGCUGAAGGUCGUCUUGUCAACUUGGGUUGUGCUACUGGUCAUCCCUCUUUCGUCAUGUCUAACUCCUUCUCUAACCAAGUCUUGGCUCAAAUUACUCUCUGGACUGAAUCUGAGAAGUGGUCUGUCGGUGUUCACACUCUCCCCAAGAAGUUGGAUGAAGAAGUUGCUCGUUCUCACUUGAGCAAGCUCGAUGUUGAACUUACUCAACUUACUCCUGUCCAAUCUGAAUACCUUGGUAUCCCUGUUGAAGGUCCUUACAAGCCUGAACACUACCGUUAUUAGAAAAGUUAGUAACUUCCCUUUUCCUUUUGUAUAUCAACAUAUAAUGUUCUUGUAAAAAGAAAAAAAAAAAAAGAAAGACAAAAGAAUCUUUUUUUUUGUUAAAAAAAUCUGAACGUUUCAACAUGUUCUUUAGAUAUGUGUAUGCUAGUAACUGCACAUAAUUUAUUAAAUAAAAAACUGGCAUUCAACAUGUGUAUUAUAUUAUAUAA